UGGAAUCGAUUUAGGUUUCAAUCAAUUAAUUAUGUUACUAGUCGAUUUUAAUUUCAUCGAAAAUUUCAAUGAAAUUAAAACCACUGAUCAGCUAUAUGAACGUUAUCCAAAUUUAUCUGUAAGUGGAUUCUUUCAUCAGACCAGAAAAAGUUAUGAUUUCAAAUUGUUUUUUUUGGUUUCAUUUCAGAUAUUACCUAGCUCAUUUGUAUCAUCAUUACAAAAUGUAGAGAUAUAUAAUGCACGAAAAAGUCGUCUAUUGUAUGUAAUGCAACAUGAAUAUGCUAUUGUCAACGCUGAAAAUGCAAACAUCGAUACAAUUUUAACCGAUGAUAUGACAACAUGUGUUGCUGGAGUACUACGUUCACAUCAAACAUCUGCCAUAUGUCUUUGUCAUUUUGAUCAUAUCAAACAAGAUGUUGUUGAAAAAUUUCAAAAAAUUUGUCAUCAAAUGUCCAUCGUAAAAACGAGAUUAAAUGAUGACCACCAUAAUCAAGAUAAUGGUUUUGAUUUAUUCAUUAUUGGUGGCUAUAAAGAUGAACAAAACAUAUCUGAUCGAUUAGUUUUAAAUGUACUGAAUAUGUUCAAUCAAAUAAAUCCAUAUCUAUUUCAUAUUCGCUGGAUUUAUUGUGGUGCAACAAAUACAUCGUGGCAAUCAUCGAGAUAUGCUAAACCUAAAUUGUACGGUGUAGCAAUCAAUGUUAAUGAUUGUCAAAUUCAAAAUGCAUUAUUAGCUCGACCAUUACCGAUCGAUGUACCAAUGUAUGAUAUUCGUAGUUUGUAUAUAUCGCUAAAUGGUUCAUCAGAAUACAUGUCCAUCUACGAUUCACAAGACGAACUACUGCAAAUACCGGUAUUGCAUAUAAAACGUUGUUAUUUUAGUCAUGCGGCAAAACUUUAUUUUGAAAAAAUAUUAAAAUUUAGUGAUCAAGAAAUUUUAAAUAAUUUUUCCACAUCACCAAUGGUUGAACCAGAACAUUUUGUACCAGAAAAACGUCAAUUAUUUCAAAUCCUAUAUGACCAUAUUCGCAAUUUUGGUUAUGAUUCCAGUGAUCAAUUUGUAAAGCGAUAUUUUCCACAACUACAACCACGAAUGUUUCGACUUGAAUCGAACGUGAAUGAAAAAGAAUACAACAACCCAAACGACGAAAAUGAUACGACGACAAUACAUUUGAAAUCUCGUUACCAUGGUGAUUUGUCACCAUCAUCAUCAGCAAUUAAAAAUCAAUAUAUUUGGAGAGAAAUUUUCCAUGAUAAUUAAUAUAUUCAUUGAUGAUGAUGAAUAAAUAACGAACCUUUCGAUCAAUUUGCAUGAUCAAAGAUCGAUCAAAUAUUGGCAAAAAUAAGAGUCAAACAAAAAAAGUACGAUUGGAGAGGAUAUAGUUUGGACAAAAAGCAGGUUUUUUCCAAACGAUCAUUUCUCUUCCGCGUUCUCAUUAUUAUAUUAUUAUUAUU